GCAGGCGCUGUGGUCGCGUGCACGUUGUUAGUGGGAUUGUAGUUGAGGAAGGCUGCUGGGGGUCUCGUGUUUGUCUGUGUCUCGCAGAUUGCGGCACCCGGACCCGCGGUCGACCUUGUCACUCUCUUGAGUGACACGGCUUGGCAUCUAAGGAGCCGUCCUCCGGCCCCUGCGACGGCGGCCCUACAGCCCUGAGAGCUCUGUAGAAGCCGAAAUCCAGCCAUCUUCAUUCUUCAAAAUGCAAUGGAAUAUACCAAGGACUGUGUCCCACCUGGCACAUAGGACAUGCGUGGAACUACAUAAAGCUGGUCUUUUUGGACAUUGUCAAAACAUAAAGGGACCAUUAUUUUUAUAUAAUGCUGAAUCCAGGGUAGUUUUGGUUCAGGGCUCUCAAAAACAAUGGUUGCAUGUGUCUGGUAUCCAGUGUGUUACCAAGGAAAGGAAACCAUGUGAUGCUCAUCCAUCCCUACCAGGGGUCCUUCAGUGUAAAGAGUGGGAGCAAGACACUUUAUCCAAGAGGGUUAUAUCGACCAGUACCACAUCUUCAGGAGCGCCUUCAGAAAAAAAGGAAGAACCUGAUCCUUUACAAGACAAAUCUAUUAGUCUUUAUCAACGAUUUAAAAAAACAUUUAGACAGUAUGGGAAAGUUUUGAUUCCAGUGCAUCUAAUAACUUCUGGUGUUUGGUUCGGAACAUUUUAUUAUGCAGCCAUAAAAGGAGUGAAUGUCAUUCCUUUUCUAGAACUCAUUGGACUACCUGACAGUGUAGUAAACAUCCUGAAAAAUUCCCAGAGUGGAAAUGCACUAACAGCAUAUGCCUUGUUUAAGAUUGCAACACCUGCCCGAUAUACUGUGACUUUGGGUGGAACCUCGUUCACUGUGAAGUAUUUACGUAGUCGUGGUUACAUGUCAACACCACCUCCAGUUAAAGAGUAUCUACAGGACAGAAUGGAGGAGACAAAGGAGCUCCUCUCAGAGAAAAUGGAGGAAACAAAGGAUAGACUCACGGAAAAACUACAGGAAACUAAAGGAAAAGUUUCUUUUAAGAAAAAAGUAGAGUAGGGUGCCUUAUAUAACAGAUUAUGGGAAACUGUUGCACUUUUAAUUUAACCUUUGGAGACUGAACAAAAAUACAUGUUCCUGAUUUUUUUUUUUUUUUGUUACUCAAAUGUAACAAUUGUCUGAGGGUUAAAGAACUACUUUUUUUAAAGUUAAAUACUAGAAAAAUCAGUGUUUUUUGAAAAUAAAGAUAUGAACUCAGUAUCUUUCACAUCAGUAGCAGCAUUCAGCUUCCGAAUCAUACUUGCUUUAUGUUUUAUUGAAACUAUAAUUUAUGCACACAAUGCAGUUGACUCCUCAAAUAACCCAUUUGCCACUAAACAGGAUGUUAACACUAGGUUAUUCAUAGAGGUUUUAACUAUAUUCAGUUUUCAGUGUGGAGAUAAUAAACUAUUACCAAAACUGCCUGUAAAUAAGAAAGAUUAAAAACAGUAUGUAACAAUUACAUACCACUUAUAUAGACUUUAUAUGAAGAAAACUGAAUAAAAAUUGUCAUAUAUAUGUAAAUAAGAUGUAUUAGUUAUAUAUAAAUGAAAA